UCUGAAGCUCAAACUUGAAGCCCGACAGAACUGGUAUAUAGGGCCCUGGGAAGUGAUGAAAUGCUUUAUUCAAUUCAAUGCAGACGUGGACUGGGAUUAAACUGGAAAUGCAAUCCGCGUUGAUAUUUAGUGAAAAAUUAAAUGGUACAGCUGUGUUAUGACCGGACGUUAUACCAUUCAGGCUUACUCGCUGCCUUGGAUUGAUUAUAUAAAGGGUGUCAGUUCCCAGUAAUGUGGUAAGUGCAAGUAACAUAGUCAUUGAAAGAAGAUGGCUUGCAAGAUGAAGCUCUUGGGAAUGCCUGUGAUGAUUAUGGCUAUUGUGGGUGUGAUAGUUGUUGCAGAGGCCAGAAACCUCGUGAAGACCAUGCAUGAAAAUGAUGAUUUGGAUUGGGUUGGAGGACUUAGCGGUGGAAUUGCAAGUGGUGCUGGACGUGAACUGGGCGAAGGCGCCGGUGCCGGAUUGGGUGGAGGCUUUGGAGGAGGUGGUGGUGGAGGAAAGGGAGGAGGCUUUGGUGGAGGUGGUGGUGCCGGUGGAGGUAUUGGUGGAGGUGGUGGUGUGGGUGGAGGCAUAGGUGCCGGUGGAGGAAAGGGAGGAGGGCUAGGUGGAGGCGGAGGUGCUGGUGGAGGAAAGGGAGGAGGUUUUGGUGGUGGUGCUGGUGGUGGAGGAGGAAAGGGUGGAGGGCUAGGUGGAGGCGGAGGUGUUGGUGGAGGAAAGGGAGGAGGUUUUGGUGGCGGUGCUGGUGGUGGAGGAGGAAAGGGUGGAGGGCUAGGUGGAGGCGGAGGUGCUGGUGGAGGAAAGGGAGGAGGUUUCGGUGGCGGUGUUGGUGGAGGUGCUGGUGGUGGUGGAGGAAAGGGAGGAGGGCUUGCUGGAGGCGGAGGUGUUGGUGGAGGAAAGGGAGGAGGUUUUGGCGGAGGUGUUGGUGGAGGAAAGGGAGGUGGCCUUGGGGGAGGUGCUGGUAUUGGCGGCAGUAUAGGCGCAGGUGGAGGGAAGGGAGGAGGCCUUGGUGGAGGUGCUGGUGCUGGUGGAGGAAAGGGUGGAGGACUUGGUGGAGGUGCUGGUGCUGGUGCUGGUAGUGGAGAGGGAGGUGGCCUAGGUGGAGGUGCUGGUGCUGGUGGAGGGAAGGGAGGAGGCCUUGGUGGAGGAAAGGGAGGCGGCCUUGGUGGAGGUGGUGGUGCCGGUGGAGGUAGUGGUGCUGGUGGCGGAAUAGGUGUGGGUGGUGGAAAGGGUGGAGGCCUUGGUGGAGGCGUUGGUGGAGGUGGUGGGGCUGGAGGAGGCAUAGGUGCUGGCGGAGGUGUUGGUGGAGGUAGUGGUGCUGGUGGCGGAAUAGGUGCAGGUGGUGGAAAGGGUGGAGGCCUUGGCGGAGGCAUUGGUGGAGGUGGUGGGGCUGGAGGAGGCAUAGGUGCUGGCGGAGGUGUUGGUGGAGGUGUUGGUGGAGGUGGUGGGGCUGGAGGAGGCAUAGGUGCUGGUGGAGGUGGCAGCUUUGGUGGUGGAAUUGGAGGAGGUGCUGGUGGUGGUUUUGGGGGAGGAUUCGGUGGUGGGAAUGGAGGAGCUGAUGGGGGUAGUGGUGGAGGAGGGGGUUUUGGUGGUGGUGCAGGAGGAGGAGGUGGUGGAUUUUAAGCAGUGUCUUGGCUCCUAGGCCCCAAGCAUCUAGAGGCAAUAUACGCUACGCCCCUAAAUAAACGCUUUUUAAAUUAUGUUCCAAAUAUAUAAUAGAUCAUUAUAGUGUACUUUGCUUCUGUCUUGCGAUCCAUAUUUUGCCCUUGUUUCAUUUAUUGAAUAAAUAGAAAAUAAUAAGGGAGAUAGCAAUGAGAUUCGGUAUGGUUCCAAGAAAAGACAAAUGGUGGAAAUGUCAUACAAAUAAUAAAAUUCUUUACUGCUGCUUCCAUAGUUUA